ACAAAAACAAGUCUGGGGGCAGCGGGGGGUGAGCAAGAUAAUACGCUCAGUGAGAGAAUAAGUCACGGAGAAGGCCGGAGUACGACAAGAAAGAGAAGAGAUCAGUGUGAAGCUACGAGCAGUAGCAGCCCCGUCACUGUCGGGGCAUGGCAGCUGGAAGCACCUUUGGCCAGCGGCAGCCACCGCUUUACGUUUCGAUCCAAAAGAUUUUGGACAAGUAUCCAGAUGGACAAAUUUUCAAGGAGAUAAUCCAGAAUGCUGAUGAUGCAGGCGCCACUGCCGUCCAUUUCUAUCUGGACAGCAGGCAGCAUGGAACUGACUCGCUGGUUGAACCUAAACUAGCCACAUUCCAAGGCCCAGCUCUAUUGGCCUAUAAUGAUGCAGUGUUCACUGAUGCUGACUGGCAGAGUAUUCAGGACCUUCAGCAGAGCGUGAAAACCGAGGACCCAUUCAAAGUAGGAAAAUUCGGCAUCGGGUUCAACUCUGUCUACCACAUUACAGAUCUGCCAACAAUAAUGAGUGGGAGUAAGUUGGCCUACCUGGAGCCACAUGAAGAGAUUUGGAAGAAGGAGACAGGUCAGUGGUAUGAUAUCCAACAGCAAGCAGACAAGCUGGAUACCUUUGCCCCCUUCAACAAACGAAACGGUUACUUCACUGGGAGUAGUUGUUUCCAAGGCACAUUUUUCCGCUUUCCGCUACGCAGUGUCAGUCGCGAGAAGCGCGUAUCAUCUCAAGUCUACACUAUCGACAAACUGCGAGAAAUACUAACAGCUCUGCGUGAGGAGGCAAGAGCUAUAUUGCUCUUCCUGCGCUCAGUCACGGUUGUCGAAGUGCAUGAGAUAUCAGACGGAGGAGACUGUACUGAGCUACUCAGAGUCAGUAGUGUUUUUGAAGGUAGCCAACUGCAGUUAAGGUCAGAAUUCCACCAACAGCUUAGAGCAGCUUUUGAAAGGUUUUCCUACAACAUUGUUCACCCGAUUGAGUGUACCGUCCAAUUCAAAGUGAAAGUGGAGGAUUUCAUUGACCCAGUAAACAGCUCAGAGAGUAAGUGGCUGGUGGCCUCUAGGGUUGGGUCACCUAGCAGUGAGGUUCAUCGUAUAGCCAAGGCUCUAAUGGCCCUUCCCUGGGUAGGAGUAGCACUCGAGACUACAGAGAGCACUGCGAUUGGUGGCAGGGUGUUCUGUGUUCUCCCCAUGCCUAGUGAGGUGUCUUGCCACCUCCCAGUACAUGUAAAUGCCACGUUCAGUCUCAAUGAUGAACGUAGGGAGCUAAAAUGGCCAGGUAUUGAGAGGAAGAAUGACCCAUCGGCAGAUUGGAAUGGCCUGAUUAUCCAGCACCUUCUACCCCCGUGUUAUGCUGCAUUGCUACUGGGUCAUGCAAAACAGCUAUUGACAGGUGAUGCGUUUUACAGAGCUUGGCCUGAGGUCGAGAAUCUAAGAUUCACCCCCUGGAAGGGAUUACUAGGACCUCUCCUUGUACAGAUACUGACAGAGCCAGUGUUCUGGAGUCAUAAUAGGUCAUGGGUGCCCUAUAACAAUGCAUUGUUCAUGCCACGUGAUGGUCAAGUGCCACGUGUAGUGAUUACAGCUCUCUCCGAUUAUGGCGAGAGAAUUGUGACUAUCCCACCAAACAUAUGGGAUGCCAUCGAUUUCUGUGGUCCGCUUGUUAAAAACAUUAACCCUCAUGUUGUUAGAAUAAAACUUCAACAGAAUGAUUUGGUGUAUAUUAACUAUGCUCCUAACCAAAAGUUGGACCUUCUUCAGUAUUGUUUGUCUGACGGAGCAUUCCGUGACAUUAUUGGAAUUCGUCUACUCCCCUUAGCUAACAACAGCUUUACAGUUUUCAAUAAGAGAUCUGUACUCGUACCAGUCUACUUAUGCUCCCCUGGCUAUCCCUCGUGCAUCAUUCCUGGUUGUAAGAAUCGGCUGGUCGAUAUAGCAUACGGUGGUGAGUUGUACGAAUCUUUAGUUGGACUUGCCAAGAAAAAGGUAACCCAGCUUGCAAUGCUUGAUACCUGUGGUGUAGCAGCACUGCUUAAAGGGAGUCUGCCCCCAGCAUCAGUUGUCACUCUCCCUCAUGAUGCCGUUAGUAUUCAGUGGCUGGAGCUCUUUUUGGAGUGGGCUGCAGGGCAACUAACACUCCAGCCUUUCUCAGGUCUGCUGGUAGUUCCAGGGUAUGAUUCAGUAACAGAGAAAACAUGUGCUGUGAGACUUAGUUUGGACUGUCCAGCUGUUUUCAGUGAAUACUCCAUCAGAGCUGACCUUGUUAAUGUGCUGGGUAAACUAAGUGUUAAAUGCUGUGAAAAAAGUAGGUUUCUGUUUUUGCCUGCUCUCAGUGUCUCCCUAAUGAACCACUUCACUCCUGAUGGAGUGCUUGAUGCCAUACACUCGGGAAACCGCUACAGAAAUGUAGUACUGAGUGCCCAAGAAGCAGCCUCACUGCGGUCAUUGCUCUAUUCAUAUUCUGAGAACCCACAAAGGGUAUCCACCCUAAAGGACCUUGCUAUUUUUACUACACUGUCAAACUGUGAUAAACCACUUUACUCUGUAAGUGAAGCACCCUCCGCUACAAUAGAACCAGACAAUUUCCCACUAAGUCCUCGAAAUCUUCCAGCUGGGCUCAUUUUGUUUUCUAGAUCGGAGCACCAACAGCUAGUGUUACUACGUAGUCUCUCAGUUCCCCAGAGCACUUCCCUGGAUUUUCUGGUUGACUCUGUUUUUCCACUGAUAAGUUACAGUGGAAAUUGUAUUGACCUGAUGAAGGAAGUUUUAGAUAAUAUCCAUUCAAUACUCUCAGAUGGAAAAGCUCAGCAAAUACAUAAACUGAUAUAUGGAAUCAAGACUCUCUCAUUCUUGCCAGUAGCCGAAAACAACUCAGUGUUGCACAAGCCUACAACCUUGUAUGAUCCCAGUGCCCCACUACUUCGUAUGCUCUUCAAAGGCCAGCUGGUGUUUCCAGUUCAGCCUUUUAGUUCAGACAAGUGCCUUUCUGUUCUGAAGUGGUGCGGACUGAAGACUGCAGUAUCUCAACAAGAACUCAUUGGUGUUGUUGUAGAGAUCAUAGCUUCAGCAGGAAAGGGAAUAAGGUCUGUUGAUGAAGAAACAUACACCAGAGCCCAAGCGGUACUGGAGUUCAUUGCUAAGUUGAGUAAAACAGAAUUGUCACAGGUUGUUACUGUCUAUUCCAAGAGAAUGAUCUUCUCCAAUGUAAUGGUGGGUCUUAGUGGACUAAAAAGCUGGCUCCCUGUAAAGUGGGCUCCUAUGGAGGGCUAUCCUGACAGACUGUUUUGGAAAGGUAGGGGGCAGUUUCAGCGUUUGGUUUCGUAUGGAGAAUCAACAAUUUUGUAUCCAAACAAUGCGUUGCUGGAGCUGGCAUGUGGCUCUCAGGUGUACUUUGUGAACCACUCCCUUCCACUCGACGCAUGUCAGCUUUUCCCUCUUGAUCCUGACAGUCUAGUGAAGCAUGUGAUAGCUCACCUUUCAAUGGUAGUUAGUAGUUUUGAACUUUCCCCGCAAGAACUGAAAGCAGUAACACAUGCUGUAUAUCACACCCUGAAUGGACAUGCACAGAAAACAAUCCACCACAGAGCUUCACUUCCUACAGAGUGUAUUUACAUCUCUCGUCUGAACGUCUUUGUCUCUCCAAGUGUUGUUGCAGUGCAGCAGAAUACAUCGUUUCGCCAAAACUUGGAGCCAUUCAUCUACACUCUCCCUGAUGAUCUGUAUCCCUUUGCUUCCCUAUUCAAAGCUUUAGGGGUUGAAGAGCGUGUUUCCAAACAACAGAUAGUUAGAAUUCUUGGAAAUAUCAAAGAAGGAACUCGCGGCACUUUGGGAAUAGGGAUCAAGGAAGCGUGGGAGUUGGUUAUGACAAUCCUAAACUGGCUCACUGGUAACGGAGAGCACCCGGUUGAUGUCUUGGACUGUGGCAGUCUCUAUGUCCCAGUAGAGGAUGAUAGCUCAGACUGGCCUAUACUAGUGGAGAGUGAGGGAGUAGUAUACACUGACAAUGAAUUUCUUAGGCGGUAUAUCGGAGUCUCUGAAGCAGAGUCCUACAAGUUGGUUAACAAGAGAAUUCCACCGCAAAUGGCUCGACUUCUACGCCUAAAACCUCUCAGUGAGUUUCUGGACAUUGCCGAGGACGCCUUUGAGGAUGUUGGACAACAUGAGCCACUUACAGUGAGGCUGAAGAACAUUCUCAAAGACUACAAGGAAGGUCUCACUAUUAUCAAAGAGUUACUCCAAAAUGCCGAUGAUGCAGGUGCAACUGAAGUAAAUAUAUGCUACGAUGCCAGGAAUCACAGAGUAAAUCCAGGGAGCUUGCUCUUUCCAGGUAUGGCCAGUUGCCAUGGUCCAGCUCUUGUUGUCCACAACAAUGCAAUGUUUACACAGGAAGACUUCAAGAACAUUACUAAGCUAGCUGGGGCUACUAAGGAAGGCAAAGCCCUGAAAAUUGGCAAGUUUGGAGUAGGCUUUUGUUCUGUUUAUCACAUGACAGAUGUUCCGUCAUUUAUCAGUAAUAAUUUCCUGUACAUCUUUGAUCCCACUCUUGCUUGCCUCAAAGAUGACAUUAAAAACCAAGCCCAACCAGGAAAGAAGGUCACUCAUAGCACUAGCAUCGUCCUGAACUCCCAGCAGCUAGCCCCCUAUCAGGGUCUGUUUGGUUUCCAAAAAGGCUGCCAGUAUGAAGGAACUAUGUUUCGUUUUCCUUUCCGCACCACUCCCAGUGACUUGAGCAGCAACAUGUACAACUCACACACAGUGAAGCAAAUAUUUGAAGGUAUCCAGAAUAAGAGCUCAGAGCUACUUUUAUUCUUACAGUCAGUCAAGUGUAUCAAAGUACAUGAGAUCAAUGACGGUCAGCACUCACCUGAAAUGCAGAUGGAGAUUACGAAAACUGCACAAGUAUCUGGACCAAUUGCCGUUGUCAACGUAUCUUGCUCACCUGGUGACACAAGAUACUGGCUGGUUGCCACUCAUACAGACACUAUCCUGGGUCAGGUUGCAACUGCAUCAGUGUCCUGUUUACUAGGUGUGCCUUCUCCAUACACACCACAGUCCAUAGAGGGAGAGGUGUUUUGUUUUCUACCACUGUCAGUGAAGACAGGUCUCCCUGCUCACAUCAGCAGCAACUUUGCAGUCACUAACAACAGAACUGGACUGUGGACAUCUGACGAUCACUCUAUAAAUAUUCUAGAAGUGCGGUGGAAUGAAUCACUGAUGAAAACAGUCAUUCCAAAGGCGUAUUUCGGAAUGCUGGUGAGUCUGAAGCAAAUGAGCCUCUCUUCACAGUUAAAAGAGUACUUGUUCUACAAACUAUGGCCACUGGGGGAAAGCCUCACUAUUCACAAUCCUUGGAAGCUCAUGAUUGAUGCUCUCUACCAACAAAUACAGCAGAGUGAUUUGUUUUUCUCAACUUGUGCUAAUGAAUGGUUGGCCCUUUCCAAAGGUCGAUUCCUCUCCCCUGGUAUUCUCUCCACCAAUCCAUUGACAAUACCUGAGUGUGUAAGAGCUGUAACCGCUAAUCUGAAUAUGCCUAUCAUUGAUCUCUCUCUUGAGUAUCAUGUACACAUCAAUACAACACCAUUUAUGAUCACUGAAGAUAAGUUCUUAAGACCCUUUUUUGAAAAGAUUGAUUGCAUUGAGUUCAAUGAAAGAAACGAAGUUUUAUGUUUAGCUCUUCAGUGCUAUGCAACUGAGCUAGAUCAGAAUACAGAGCGAAAAGUAUAUCUUCAUUCUUUCUUAACAGCCAAUGCUUGUAUUCCAUGUACUCCAGAUGGUAGUAGGCUGAGAAAAUGUUGUGAGGUUAUCAAUCCCAAGGCACAGUUUGCUCGUCUGUUUGAUGAAGAGGAAGGACUCUUUCCAAUCAAAGAGUUCCAUGAAAAACCACUAGUGUCUAAAGCCAUGGAAAUUCUUGGUAUUGUGUCUUCCCAUAUCCCAUGGAAUGCUGAAAGAAAGAGCACGAACCGUUAGUUUGCUGUAUAAAGAUUGCAGAAACAAAGGACUUGAACGUGCAAAAUUGAUCCUCACUUGUUUAGGUUCAUAUGUUGUUGAAAAUGCUAAAGACGAUGAUGAAAUGUGCAUAAUUCCAUUCUUACCUGUCUUACCAAGACCCAAGGAUUAUGCAUUUGAUUGGUGUGGGGAUGAAAGUAAGCUUCUUUCAGGAAAAGAAUUGAUGUUAAAAGGAGAGACCACUUAUUUUGGGGACAAAAGGAGAAACAUACAUAUGGCUGGUUCACAGGUAGCAUUCACAAAUGAAUGUGAGCCAAAGGAUGGUGGAUGUGGUAGAGUGAGCUAUGCUGCUAGGAAUAUCCUAAGAAUCCGUGACAUGCCAACUCCAAGAGAAGUAGUUGAACAUUUUGUGAAUGUAAUCAGUGUUUACUCCUCGCAAUCAACUCACAAUGAGAGCAUGGUAAAAGUAAUGGACAACACAGUGAGACUCAUAUACAGUUUUCUUGAGAAUGCAUUGUCAAAACAGAAUUCGUCAGAGAUGAAGAAGGAAGGUCAAGAUCACAGCUGUAAAGUAGAUCUUUCACAACUUCUUACCCUCCAGUGUAUCUGGACUGGCAGACGGUUGGUUAGAUGUGAAACGAGUAGCUAUGGAAUGGAAGUCUGACACUGGACCCUGUCUGUACAAAGUUCCAGAUAGGCACAAUGUUCAGUUGUGGAAAGAACUUCAAAUUAAGCCCAAAUUUCCAAUCUUGAUUUCAUAUCGGCCCUGAAAGAAAUAAGUGAAGAGCAUGGCUCUGAAAUAGUAUCUGACACCCAUAAAAAGGUGUUAGCUGAUAUCGUUUCUGAAUUAGUUGAUUUAGAUAUUCCAAAGGAGCAUCCAAUAAUCAUGUUACCUGACGAAAAUUUCGUCAUGCAUGAUGCUUCCUCGCUUGCUUUCAACGAUGCACAGUGGCUUCCACCAGACAAGGAAAUUGAUUAUGUCAACCACAAACUAGUGACUCGUGACCUAGCUCAGAAACUAGGUGUGAGAAUGGUACGUAGUAAAGUACUUGACACACACAGAAGCAGUAAACCUUUUGAAAGUCAAAAGUUUGGCCAGCGUGAGAAACUGACAACUAGAAUCCAAGGCAUACUGAAGGAUUACCCAUUUGAUGUGACCAUACUCAAGGAACUGCUUCAGAAUGCAGAUGAUGCCAAGGCAUCAAAGAUGUAUGUCAUCUUAGACAAAAGGACCCAUAAAGGAGGUCGUUUAUUGUCUGAGGAAUGGCACGAUUUACAGGGUCCUGCCCUGUUGGUGUGGAAUGAUAGUGUAUUUCUCUGAAACAGAUAUUGAAGGCAUUCAAAAGCUGGGCAUAGGAACCAAACCAUCAGACGCUGACACAAUUGGUCAGUAUGGAAUAGGUUUCAACUCUGUCUAUCACCUCACAGACUGCCCUAGCUUUAUUAGUGCAGGCAAUCUGUGCGUAUUUGACCCACACUGCAAAUUUUCACCAGGCUCCUCAAUAAAGCAUCCUGGAGGUAGAUUCAAAGUCUCAAAAGGCUUUUGGUCAGACUUUCCAGACAUGAUACCAGCAUACCUGCAGUGUAAUGUGGAGGGUGGCUCUGAGUGCAGAGAGAUUCUUGGUGGCUCCCUCUUUCGAUUCCCACUUCGGCACACUCGAGAGCUAGUUGAUGCCUCUGAAAUAGUGUGUGAAAAUGAGGAAUCAAAGAAGGUGUUCGAAGGUGUUUUAACUGCCAGCAGAAUGCAGGAGUAUCUGCAGAAGUGGGCUCCCCAGAUGAAGCAAUCCAUGUUCUUUCUUAACCACGUGACUGAGCUCAAAUUCUUUGUUAUAUCUCAGUACGGUGG